AGAGACGCUUGAAAAUAUGGAGACAGUGUGCUAUGUCGAUGCGGACGGGUGUGUGCCGGGCAAUUGCCCUGGCAGCCCUCGUGUUUUUUACGAUAGUGACCAAUGUUGAUGCGCUGGGGAAAUGUUCAGGCUGUAGCACGCCAGUGAAGUGCAACUGCACUGGAAUAAAGGGCCGACCUGGAGCGGAAGGAAUUCCUGGACAAAAUGGACUGCGUGGAGCCCCAGGCGACACUGGAUACCCUGGAGGUCCAGGGAACAAGGGCGAAAAAGGCUCCGAUGGUGGCUAUGGAUCAACAGGCGAUAAAGGACCACGGGGCGACGCCGGCGACCGAGGCCCGGAUGGUAUUCCUGGACGUCCUGGCCCAACUGGGGACGUUGGAACUGCAGGCCCCGAAGGAUUGGACGGUUGUAACGGCACUGAUGGAAGGCCUGGACCUGAUGGAACCAGAGGAUAUCCAGGGAUUCGUGGGCCGCUUGGGCUUGAGGGCGAUCAAGGUCUAAGAGGCGAACCGGGAGAAGGCGGCGGCAAUUCCAUUGGAACCAAAGGAGAUUGGGGAGAAUUCGGAUACAACGGGCUUCCCGGUCUGGAUGGCCCUGUAGGCCCAGCAGGGUUGCGUGGAUAUCAAGGAGCGCCCGGAGCUCAGGGUCUAGUGGGGCCCCAAGGUCCAAUGGGACCUCGCGGAGAUACAGGCGACUACCGCAAGGGCGAAAAAGGUCUGAAAGGGCAAUCCGGUGAUCAAGGAAGUCCGGGAGGGCCUGGAAUCAACACCGGCAACCAAGAACAAGGAGGAGCUGACAUGCAGUUGCUGAAAGGCCAACCAGGAGACAAAGGCUUUAAAGGCGACCAAGGCGAAACAGGCUCCAAAGGCUACGUGGGAGAAAGAGGUAGACCUGGCCUAUCCGGACUUAAAGGGGCGACAGGUUACAAGGGCGAACGUGGCGAUGACGGCCCGCCAGGCAAACAAGGCAGAUCCGGCCCUCCUGGCCAAUCAGGAGAGAAGGGAUAUAAGGGGGCGCCGGGCUACGAAGGAACUCCUGGAAUUGACGGAUUCGCAGGUGAGAGAGGAGAAGACGGACAACCAGGCACUCCUGGAGAACAAGGCAGAGAAGGAUCCCCGGGUCUAUACGACCCGUUCCUGGAUGAAAUAAUCGAAGGGGCUGAAGGGAGACAGGGCCCAACUGGCUAUAUAGGCCUACAAGGUCUUUCCGGCCUGCCUGGCAACCCUGGGCAUUCUGGCCCGAUUGGACCUCCUGGAAUGCCAGGACCGCCGGGCCAAAUGGGCUUUCCUGGAAUAAAAGGAAUAUCCAUAAAGGGCGAACGGGGUGAUGAUGGCCCACCUGGUGCUCCAGGCCGAUCUGGACUUCCCGGGAUUACCGGACCAACGGGUUUAGCUGGUGAAAAAGGAAUGAAAGGAGAAACAGUGAUCGGGCCUCAAGGCCCAUCGGGAGUGCCUGGUUUCGGCGGUUUCGAUGGACCACCAGGAGACCGAGGUGACCCUGGCGAUAGAGGAUUUAAAGGAUUUCCAGGCAUUGGGCCAGCGAUUAAAGGACCUAAAGGAUAUUUGGGUCCACGUGGACGCCCCGGCCUGGUCGGAGACGAUGGAGUGCCCGGUUUUUAUGGCCUGCCUGGAAUGAAGGGCAGAAGAGGCGAUGACUGCGGCGUUUGUCGGCCAGGCCGCCCGGGGGCAAAAGGAGACAGUGGGGAACCUGGAAGACAUGGGCGUCCAGGUCCCAUUGGAUACGAAGGACUUGCUGGUGAAAGGGGAGCAACCGGGUUUCCUGGAAAGCCUGGACCUCCUGGUUUGAACGGUUUGGAUGGGACGCCGGGACAACCUGGAGAAACAGGAAGACAAGGACCUGCAGGUACAGACGGGAUCCUGGUUCAACCUCCUUUCAGUGCAACGGUACCCGACCUAGGUGAACCUGGAUUCACUGGAUUUCCGGGACCCAUGGGUCCGAUUGGAGAAACUGGCUUUCAAGGUCCUUUGGGAGAUCGCGGUCCUAAAGGCUAUCCAGGACCUCCUGGUGACAAUGGAGAAGCCGGCUUGCCUGGUACUGAUGGUAUACCUGGACAACCGGGCGUCAACGGCGUUAAAGGUGACCGACACGCCAUUCCAAAGGAGUUCCUAGUCGGAGAUACUGGCUUCAAAGGAUAUAAGGGACCAAAAGGAGAAAGAGGAGCCACCGGUGCUCCUGGCAAAGAUGGAGAGAUAGAAAAUUUCACGGACAUCAGGGGCGAUCCAGGGCCGCAAGGCCCAGAAGGAGAUUCAGGUUACAAUGGCUUGAAUGGAUCAAAAGGGCAACGAGGCGAUUUUGGGUGGCCUGGUCCCAUGGGAGACCCAGGACCAGUAGGGCCGUCCAUACCAGGUCCAGAAGGACUGAAAGGAUAUCCAGGAAUUAUUGGCGAUGAAGGUCCGCGUGGUAUCCCUGGCGAGCCAGGUCAACCAGGCCUUAAUGGUAUCCCUGGAUCCUGGGGAAUCAAAGGAGAUCGCGGGGAACCCGGCCAAAAAAUCCUUUAUGGUGAAAUGGGUCUCCCUGGACCUACCGGUAUGAAAGGCGAGCCUGGAUACGAUGGCCCUAUUGGGCAUGCCGGUAUUCCCGGACAACCAGGACUCAAAGGCGGGAAAGGAUCGAAAGGAGCUCCAGGAUAUGCAGGUUUACCGGGAUCUGCGGGUAUUAAAGGACAAAUUGGUGCCUUCAGGCAAGGCCCACCGGGUCUCACUGGCCAACCGGGCGAUGUUGGAGAACUCGGUGACUGGGGCGAUUUUGGCAUGAAAGGAGAUGACGGUGACCUUGGAAUCAAUGGGCUGCCAGGAGUUAAAGGAGAUAUCGGAGACAUCGGUUUCCAAGGCCUGCCAGGGGCUGAAGGCAAUCCGGGCUUGCGCGGAUUUGACGGAUUGCAGGGGCUGGAAGGUCCGAUGGGAGACUUUGGAGAGCGGGGCGACAUUGGAUACCCUGGUCCUGCUGGACCCUCCGGCCCUAAAGGCUUGCUGGGACCAAGAGGUUACAAAGGGUUGCGAGGAAAUGCCGGUCCAGAUGGCUUUUCUGGCCUGCCGGGCGAGCCAGGCGAAACGGGCCUUAUGGGAGAGUCGGGAUUACCUGGACUUAGAGGCGCUAAAGGGGAAUCAACAUUCAGCGGACAAAAGGGAGAGCAGGGCGAUUUUGGCGUUAGGGGCUUACCAGGUUUUGAUGGGAAACCUGGACUACCAGGCAUGAAAGGCAUCCUAGGUGAUGUCGGGGUGACAGGGGUUGGAUCCCCAGGCCAACGUGGUUUGAAGGGAGAACCGGGAAUUCCGGGUCUUCCGGGAGGUUUCGGAUUUAAGGGAGAAAUUGGGGAGCCGGGAACUGCAGGCGCUCAGGGUCUAAUAGGCGAUGAAGGAUUCCCAGGCCCCUUUGGUCGACCGGGACUAAACGGAUUAACUGGUCCAAGAGGCAACCGGGGUGAAGUGGGAACACCCGGAUAUUCGGGCAGCAAAGGAGAAGGUGGAAUGGAGGGCGAUCCCGGAUUCAUCGGUCUUCCUGGACAACCUGGCCCAGAUGGAGGCAUGGGGCCGAUAGGCCCCUUCGGACCUAAAGGUCUGAAGGGCAACCGCGGGCCGCCUGGAAUAACCUUGCCCGGCUUUGCUGAGAAAGGAGACAUUGGCAAUUUUGGCAUGUUUGGCUUAACUGGCCGCAAGGGACAACCGGGUGACACGGGAGUCGUGGGAUGGCCAGGCUCAAGGGGCGGCCAAGGCCGAAUUGGCGACAAAGGAAUAGAGGGAGACGCGGGAACAUCAGGCCGUCCUGGACUCCCCGGCGAUGCUGGAGUAGACGGCCCGCCUGGAUUGCCGGGCCAAAAUCCCGAGCGUGGAGAACCUGGAACACCUGGUGAAGAUGCCCAUGCGGGCCGACCAGGCAGAUUAGGCCAGAAGGGCGCUCCAGGAGAGUUGGGGCCGGAUGGUCUGAGCGGACAACGAGGUCCCCCAGGCCUUUCCAUCCAAGGAAUCAAAGGAGAGUUGGGCGAUGCUGGUUUUGAUGGAGACAGGGGAUCCUUCGGUCCCGAAGGACGACCAGGCGAUGACGGUCUGCCGGGACCGGCAGGCCUUAAAGGAAAAAUUGGCGAACCUGGAUUUGGCGCCAGCGCUUUUAAAGGACAGCCAGGAGACAUCGGUUUCGCAGGAGCUAGAGGUUUCAACGGAGAAAAAGGCGAACCGGGAGAUGAUGGUUUAGAUGGGCUGGAAGGCCCACCAGGCUUCCCUGGGGAGAUUGGCCUCAAAGGAGACGUUGGCCUAAGGGGAUUCGUUGGUGUACAGGGCUUCGUUGGAGUCAAAGGAAUCGUGGGAGAUUGGGGAUAUGAUGGGUCUAUUGGAGAGGAAGGAGAUGCAGGUUUGCCCGGAAUACCAGGACGUCUAGGACUACCCGGUAUUGAAGGCCGUGUGGGAUAUCCGGGAAGUGCAGGACUUACAGGCUCCAUCGGAGAUGUUGGGGAACCUGGGCUGCCAGGCUUUGAUGGACCCAAAGGGCUUCCGGGAAUGCCGGGACUUCGGGGCAGGGACGGCUUGAGAGGACGGCCAGGACGACAAGGGCCUAAAGGAGACGCCGCUGAACCCGCUCCGUUACCUCAAAGUCGCGGUUUUGCUGUGGUGAGGCAUUCGCAGGCGGAAAUUAUUCCAGUUUGCCCCAGAGGCACCAUCAAGCUGUGGGAUGGCUUCUCUUUACUGCACGUCCACAGCGAAAAGCGCACUCAUGGACAAGAUCUGGGCGCCCCUGGUAGCUGCGUUCGCAGAUUCAGCACAAUGCCUUAUUUGUUCUGCAAUUUGGAGGACGUUUGCAACUACGCCAACACUAACGACUACAGCUUCUGGCUGUCGACAACUGAACCAGUGCCAAUGACAAUGACGCCCAUUUAUGGCAACGAUAUCCAGAAAUACAUUUCCAGAUGUUCUGUAUGCGAGGCGCCGACUCGAUCCAUUGCCGUCCACAGUCAGACCAGCGAAGUUCCUCAAUGUCCAAAUGGUUGGGAGGAGUUAUGGAUAGGAUGGAGCUUUAUCAUGAGCACAGACGGAGGCGGUGGAGGAUCAACGCAAUCUUUGGUAUCGCCUGGUUCCUGCUUAGAGGACUUCAGAACCAAACCGUUUAUAGAAUGCCACGGUCAUGGCCGGUGCAACCAUUACGCUACUGCCUUAUCGUUCUGGUUGGCGACGAUCGAGGAAUAUGCCCAGUUCAAGAAGCCAGUACCGCAGACUUUAAAGUCCGGGUUUUUGACUUCGAAAAUUAGUCGGUGCGCUGUGUGUUUAAGAAAAAUACCAACUAGACCGAGCAACAUUAUCUCACGAGACGAACUGGCGCGACCUUCUUACAAUCAAUCGCCUUAUCAAUUCAGGAACCUUGGAUUCCGAGACCGAUUUGCAGGUAGAAGACGCAAUAGACUUCAAUCCACCUACAAUGCCAGACAGGGCUGAAAUGCUUUAGGAACCUCAAUUUAGUACCUUUCCAUUAAUAAAACUACUUGCUUGUGCGAUUUUACUCAUUAUUAAUAUCUCCAAGUAUUUAUUCUUCUGUGUAAACGCAAGCAGUGUAUGUAAUUAUGUAAAAACACUUCUUUGUCACCCAAGUGCCAUUGUGUAAAAUAAGUAGGUAGAUUAGAGUCGUGAUAAGUGUUGGGCGCCAGUUGUACAGAUUGUCUAUAUGCAAUAAUAAAUAUUUUUUUAUAUGUUAGAUUAUGAAUCCAUGGUGAUUUGUUAGCGAUUAAUAGUAAUUUUAAGAACGGUUUCUGUAACAAACGCUUCGAUAUUGUUCACUGCCAUAAAGCUACAUUGUCUGUUAAAACCACUGGAAUAAACCAAGCAGUUUUUUUUAAAUAAA